GCGGGCAAAGUCGCUGAUUUCAGUCGUCCUGUGGUGGAGCACGGUGUUUGCGUGUGUGUGUUUAUGUGUGUUUGUAAAGAAAACUCCCAAGUUGUAAACGUAGGUAGGGCGUCAAAUGCAUAUUUUAAAUGUUCCCAGAAUCUUGAUACGUAGCACUUCUGGACUGGGAGAACGUGCUGGCCAAAAGGAGUGGGUGGAAAGCAUCUUGGCCACAGUCCUCCAACCACCACCCACAGAAAGUGUAGGCAGCAGGGCGGAGCCUAAGGUUGAGCUCUCUUCCGGUGAGUCCCACGGAAAGAAGCAAGCUGAGUGUGGCUGCCACGAACUUCCCGAUGGAUUUUAAAAUUGAAUACACUUGGGAUGGUUUUCCUGUGAAGCACGAGCCAGUGUUUGUCAGGCUGAAUCCAGGUGAUGGAGGAGUGGUGAUGGAAGUUAGUGCCCCAUUUUUCAAUGAUCCUCCAGCCCCACUUGGAGAACCAGGAAAACCUUUCAAUGAACUGUGGGAUUAUGAAGUUGUGGAAGCAUUUUUCUUGAAUGACAUAACUGAACAGUAUUUAGAGGUUGAACUUUGUCCUCAUGGACAACAUUUGGUGCUUUUACUCUCUGGAAGAAGAAAUGUGUGGAAACAGGAACUUGCUCUAUCGUUCGAAGUGUCCAGAGAAGAGACAAAAUGGAAAGGUAGAGCUUAUCUUCCUUGGAGUUAUUUUCCACCAAAUGUGACAAAAUUCAAUUCAUUUGCAAUUCAUGGAUCAAAAGAGAAAAGAAAUUAUGAAGCUCUUUACCCUGUACCUCAACAUGAAGUGCAACAAGGACAAAAACCUGAUUUCCAUCGUCUGGAAUACUUCAAACCUUUCAGUUUUAACACACUGCUUGAAGAAGAAUGGAAACAACCAGAAUCAGAGCUGUGGCUUAUGGAGAAACCUAAUAUAUAGGAGUAUGGUUGAUGAUCAUAUCAAUCAUUUCCUCUCUGUAUCUUUUAAGGUAAACCAAUAAUAAGUAUAAUCUCUUUUAAUCAUAAUACAAGUAGCACAUUUCAACAACAAAUAUUUUCAUAGAAGUCAUUGAAAAUAUAUUGUCUCUGGGGCAAGUUGUAUAUGAGUUAACAAGAAAAUAGAAGGGUUGUAGAUGAGUUUAUCUUGGAAGUUACCAUGUUCCCCAGAGUCAUUUAGUCCAGAAGUGACCAUGUCAGUGAGUUUGCUGUCUGCCUUGUACCACUGUCACCCCAAAUAUCCCUGACUCGGUCAACCAAUAUUAUUUCUCUUCCCACUUCCCUAAACCUCAGUUGGCCUGAGACUGGAACAUGUUAUUUGCACAUGUUUUAAUUCCAUGUAAUGUACAAUAAUUCUUUACUCAGAAUCUUCUGUGCAUUCUUGAAGUGGGUUGAAAACAAUGAACUAUUUCAGUUGAGAAGGAGAUCCACAUCUGUUAAGGCAUUGUUAAGAUACAUAUGUGUUUAACCAGCUGUUUUUCCUGUCUUGGAGGCUCUUUUUAGUCUGUAGAAGGAAAUGGAAUGAAAUGGCCUUGAAUUUGGACAACAGAUUCUACACUCAUUUACAAACAGAUGACACUUUCUUAAUGCUAUUAAACCAGAUGUCAAAAUGUCUUGUGAACAUCAAACACUCCUGGUCUAGAAUUUUCAAAUUUUGUACUUAUAAAAUAGUUCAGAGUUUGAAGCCAUCUUAGUAGAUCAUCUAUGAACUUUUCCACUAGUGGUCUUCCACUAGUAUUCUUAACUCAGAGAUUAGCAGCCUUUUAUAACUUGUGCAGAACACACAACAAUAUACUUUAUUCUCUUCUUUUUUACUAAUAGAACUUGAAUUUUUAGAGUCAUGCUCUAAAACAUUUUUCUGGAUUCCUUUGAAGAUAGAAAUGGCAUGGUAAGACAGCUCAGGUUAAUGAGAUAUAAGUAUAAGAUAUAAGUUAAUGAGAUAUAAGUGUCAAGUAGAACUUUAAAGAAAGAUGACUUGAAAGAUUGAGCUGUCAUACACUUUUUGUACUUUGCCUUCCCCUUUUCUUUUUCCUGAAUUGCAUAAUUGGAACCUGAGGUAACCUACUAGCUAUAUUAUAUCCAUGAGGAGAAAAUCCAGGGAGAGCUGAACAGCAAGACAAAGGAUCCUGGGUUAUAAACAGUGCAGUAGAGUAACAUACCAUAUCUGGACCUAUUGACCUCUUUCUGCAGGAGAAAAGAAGCUGCCUAAUUUGUUUUCCCAAGUUGAUCUAUAGAUUUAAUACAAUCCUAGAUAAAAAUCCCAGAAGGCUUUUUUGGGGUCUAAAUUGACAAACAUUAAAACUUUAUCUGAAAAUGCAAAAGACCUCAAAUAGCCAAAACAAUUUUGAAAAAGAACAGAGGUUGAGGACUUCUAUGACCUGACUUCAAGACUUACUAUUAAGCUUCAAUGAAGACAGUGUGACAUUGGCAUAGAUUUAGACAAAUAUGUCAAAGUAACAGAGAAACCAGAGAGAGAACAAUAUGCAGUCAGUUGAUUUUUUUUUACAAAGUUACCAAUUGAUUUAAAAAGGGAAAGGAUAGCUUUUCAACAAAUGAUAUUGGGAUAACUGAAAAAAGCGUAAAAACAAAACCUUGACCCCUACGUAACCUUCAGAAAAAUUUACUUAUAUGUGACUGGUGAAAUGAAAAAAAUUCUAGCAGAAAAAUCUUCAUAAUCUGAAGUAGAGAAACAUUUCUUUUCAAAUAGGACAUAAAAAGCACUAACUUAAAAGAAAGAGAAAUUGGA